GGCGGGAAGCAGAUUACUUCUGCUUGCGUGUGUGUUUGUUUAUUCAUUUUCUUCAAUCAAAAUUUUGUAUAAAUCAUAAUGCACAUUAAACCAAAAUGGUUAAAGAAAUCCAAAGAAGACUAAGAAUGUUGCCUCGCACCAGUAAAAUUAAAAGUUCAGGGAAUACAAACACAUUUCGAAUUCGAAAGUGCGUUGUUAAAAUUAAACGCGUCAAACUACAGUUGAAUAACACUGCGUCAAAGAAAACUGCUACUCCGUAUAGCGCUCGAAGAUGUAGAGUGCUUAUAAACGAUAUUAAUAAAACACCCUUAAAUUCGCAAUCAUCAAGAGCUAUUCCGAACACAGUCACAAACCACAUUUGCGAUGAAAGCGCAUUUGAGCCAGAUCGCAAUUCUACCAUGUACCUUUCCACGAAGCCUACAGCUGCCUCCACAACACCCUGCAAAGUUCGUGUGAGGCGAAUAGGAACUGUGCAGCCUGCGAUGAAACAAAGUGCGGGGAAAACCGAUGUGCAGAUUCCAGUCGAUAAGCAAAAUGCAACGUCAAAACCAGAGCAUCGUUUUUUUCACAGGGAUCAGCCACCGACAAGAACCCGGUCUUCGGUUACACGCAACGUCUAUGACUUUCUGUCAGAGUCACAGAUCGACGACAACGCUUUGAACCAGCGCAAGGAUCCAGCGGCUGACAUAAUCAAACAGAUGAUCGAGGAAGGCAGGGCCUGUGCGAUCACACGGAAGAUGGGAAAGAACUGUAAAAGACGUAUACGGAAGAAGGUGCGGCCUGUUGGUAGAAGAAAACAACUUUCUCUCAAGAAUAAAACUGAGACGGAUCAAGCUGAGCUGCCGCCUUACAUCGAUCGGCCACUUUCGCCGAUAUACGAUCCCGAAAUAGAUUCCGAUGAUGAUAAUAAUGGUAAUCAUGCAGAGGAGGCUGUAGUCAUUGAAGUGCCAGUUCAGGUACAUGGAACACCAGCACCACAACAGAAUAUGUCACCAAAUCCACACCGGACUCUGUUGGAGGGUAACUACAGUCCUCUAGCACGCUCGUUGCUGCAAAAUCAGACAAAAGCACAGAAUCCUCAGUAUUCCAUAGAAAGACGACGAGAGCUUCUGAACGUGGCAAGAAAAUACUACAGUACUCCGUUGAAUCGUAAAAGUACCACAGCAACGGAUAAUUCAACGACAGCUUUGUCUACAACGCAUCAGUCUAACAACAGAUCACCAGUUGUUCUUAGUCCAAGUGGAGGCUCUUCACCUUGGCGUGUGCCCGACGAGGUGUCCAUGCCUAAUACCUUUGUGUUUGGUUUCAACACAUCACAAUUGCCUUCUUAUUCCAGUGACCAUAUGCGGCGUAGCCAUGUCUACGUGCCUGAUGAUCCACCUCCAGUGACAGAGCCAGUCCAAAACUAUAACGAGUCUAUUUCUCCAGCAACGGAUGAUCAAAGUAUUGCCAAUGACUCGAAUGGCGAGAAUGUACCGCCGCCCACGGAAGGAUUUGGCUCACCAGCUAAUCAUUGUUUCGAAAAGACGGUUACGUCAAUCCCAGUAAGCGGACAGGAAAAUGAGAAUGAAGAGAACUUUGUGCAAUUACCGAAUCCUCGACGUACGCUUCAACAGCGCACUCCUUUGAAAGAUAUUAAUAUAUUGGAUGUAGUCAUACUGCCUUCGUGGAAGAACAAAUUACAACUUCCCAAGACGCCCAGAAAAGAAAAUUCGGCUAGAAACCAUGUUCAUUUUGAGGAUUCCCUUGAAAAUAUAGUUCAUCAAAGUCCGCAACCUCAAGUGAGCUCACACAUUGGCAGAAAACAGCAAUCACCUCGAAAUCUCUUCGGGUUCGAAGAGUUCCUUACCGAAGACGAGCAGGAAAAUAGAAGAAGUGUCUCUGUAAACCAAGAUAUUACGUUGUACGAGAAGCUGCAGCGGCUGAAAGGAUUGCGUCCAACAGAAAGGGAGUUGCCACAUGUAUCCAAGGCAGCUAUGCGCUAUGACUUCGAUGAUCUAAAUGCACGAACACCCAAACAGCGCAACAUCAAGGAGAUGCUGUGUUCCACAAUGGUUGCAACGCCGCCUCCAGCGCUGAAUGUCAAUGAAUCAACAGACUUAUUUAAGGACAUGGACCCAGAAGUAACAUUUGAUGAAAAGAAACCAAGACGCACAUACGUUCGUGAACGACCUAAGAGAAAGCGCAAACGUGUCCAUGUAUUGUUUGUCGAAAGUGAUUCAUCAGGGAGCGAGGAUAACGAGCAGGACUCCAAUGACAAGAGUGCCGAUUCCCCAGGGAAAGCGGUGCCAGUAAAGAAACGUAUACGCAGAGAUGUGGAGCAUGAGACUAAAAUUAAGCAGUUCAUCACCAGUUUCAACCAUGAAUGUGAAGAGGUGGAUAAAUAUUCACUAAUCGUCGAAUAACAACGAUAUAUGGACAUAUCGCGUCAUUUUUUUUUUUAUACACAUUAACUUGAAGUUAACUUUAUAAUCUGAGUUAUGAAUUUUUUAAGAUAACGUAUUUAUAUUUAACUAUAUGAUUAAAUACAUGGUAAAUGUUAACACAUAA